AUGGCGCACAAGGCCCUCCAGAUCAUGCGCCUGGGGCGCAUACCCUAUGGUGCCGGGCUCCGCAUCCAGGAAACGCUUUUCUCCCUCCGUACCCAAAAGUCGGUCCCCGACACUUUGUUGGCACUCGAACAUCCCCCCGUUUACACGGUCAUCCUCUACCCCAUCCUUAACCUGCAUGAAGCCAAGAUCGGCGCGCGGGCUUACGUGGAGGGUUUAGAGGAGGUUAUGGUGCAAACUGCCGGGGUUUGGGGGGUAAAAGCGCGCGGGAAAGUGCCCGCGGAAACGGGGGUCUGGGUCGAAGACCGGAAGAUUGGGGCGGUGGGUGUGAGGAUCUCGCGGGGGGUUACGAGCCAUGGGUUAGCGCUAAACGCGACGGUUGACCUGGGGUGGUUCGAGCACAUCGUGCCAUGCGGGAUCGCGGACAAGGAGGUGACGUCACUUGAGAGGGAGACCGGCGGCGCGGAAGUGAGGUUCGAUGACGUCAUGAGGGAGAGCAUGCGGGCGUUCUGCAGGGUGUUUGGUUACCAGCACCCAUGA